CUCCUCCUCCUCUGCCGCCGCUUUCCCCUCCCGCUCCUGCGCUCGGCGCGCCGUGGGAGGCUGCGAAGUUGGGCGUGUGCCGGGGAGUUUUCGGAGCGAGUUUGGGAUCGAGUUUGGGAGCCGGGAGCGGAGCCGGGAGCGGAGCAUGGCUGGGCUGCCCGGUACGCCCGGCCCGCGCCUCCAGCGCGGGGCUGCGGCGGGCGAGGGGCGGCGCUGAGCGAAGCCCCGAACCCCUCCGGGACCCCCGGGAGCCCCGAACCCGCCGGCAUGGCCCGCUGGAUCCCCACCAAGCGCGAGAAGUACGGGGUCGCCAUCUACAACUACGAGGCUGCGCAGGACGUGGAGCUGUCCCUGCAGGUGGGGGACACUGUUCACAUCCUGGAGAUGUACGAAGGCUGGUACCGAGGAUACACACUCCGAAAUAAAUCCAAGAAGGGCAUUUUCCCAGAAACCUACAUCCAUUUAAAAGAGGCCAUCGUGAAGGACCGGGGGCAGCACGAAACAGUGAUUCCCAGCGAGCUGCCGCUGGGCCAGGAGCUCACGUCCACGCUGCGGGAGUGGGGGGUGAUCUGGCACAAGCUGUACGUGAACAGCAAAACCACACAGUUCAGGCAUGUCCAGCAGCUUACCUACAGCCUGAUAGAGUGGAGAUCCCAAAUCCUCUCCGGGACCUUGCCCAAGGAUGAACUGGCUGAGCUCAAGAAAAAAGUCACUGCCAAGAUUGACUAUGGCAACAGGAUCCUGGGUCUGGACCUGGUAGUCCGAGAUGACAACGGGAACAUCCUAGACCCAGAUGAGACCAGCACAAUCUCCCUCUUCAAGGCCCAUGAAACUGCAUCCAAGAGGAUUGAUGAGAGGAUCCAGGAGGAGAAGUCCCUUCAGCAGAGUUUGGACCUCCGGGGGCAGCCAAUAUUCAACUCCACACACACUUACAGCCUCUAUGUGAACUUCAAGAACUUUGUCUGCAACAUUGGGGAAGAUGCAGAGCUGCUGAUGAGCCUCUAUGACCCUGACCUCUCCAAAUUCAUCAGUGAAAAUUACCUGGUCCGUUGGGGCAGCAAUGGGAUGCCAAAAGAAAUUGAGAAACUGAACAACCUCCAAGCAGUGUUUACUGACUUGAGCAGUUCUGACCUGAUCCGGCCCCGGAUCAGCCUGGUGUGCCAGAUCGUGCGCGUGGGGCGCAUGGAACUGAAGGAUGGCAAGAAGCACACCUGCGGGCUCCGCAGGCCUUUCGGCGUGGCAGUGAUGGACAUCACUGACAUCAUCCAUGGGAAGGUGGACGACGAGGAGAAGCAGCAUUUUAUCCCCUUCCAGCAGAUUGCCAUGGAGACCUACAUCAGGCAGCGCCAGCUCAUCAUGUCCCCCCUGAUCACCUCCCAUGGCAUUGGCGAGAAUGAGCCCCUCACCUCUGUCUUCAACAAAGUCAUCGCUGCCAAGGAGGUCAACCACAAAGGCCAAGGUCUGUGGGUCUCCCUGAAGCUGCUCCCUGGGGAUCUGGCUCAGGUUCAGAAGGAUUUUUCCCACCUUGUAGACAGAUCCACUGCAGUGGCUCGAAAAAUGGGGUUCCCUGAGAUCAUCCUUCCUGGUGAUGUCCGGAAUGACAUCUACGUCACCCUGAUCCAGGGCGAGUUUGACAAAGGCAAGAAGAAAACCCCCAAGAAUGUUGAGGUCACCAUGUCCGUGCACGACGAGGAUGGCAACCUGCAGGAGAAAGCCAUCCACCCCGGGGCUGGCUACGAGGGAGUCUCGGAGUACAAGUCUGUGGUUUAUUACCAGGUCAAGCAGCCCUGCUGGUACGAGACUGUCAAGGUAGCCAUUGCCAUAGAAGAAGUCAGUCGUUGCCACCUGAGGUUCACGUUCCGUCACCGCUCGUCUCAGGAGUCCAGGGAUAGGUCUGAGAGAGCUUUUGGCAUGGGCUUUGUGAAGCUGAUGAAUGCAGAUGGAACGACGCUGCAGGAUGGCAAACACAAUUUGAUCAUUUACAAGGGUGACAACAAGAAAAUGGAAGAUGCCAGGAGUUAUUUGACCCUUCCUUGCACCAAAACAGAGGUGGAGGAGAAGGAGGCUCCCUCAGGAAAAAACCUGCACUCUCUGGCCAACUUCACUCCCACCAAGGACAGCACCAAGGACAGCUUCCAGAUUGCCACCGUCAUCUGCUCCACCAAACUCACCCAGAAUGUUGACCUGCUGGGUUUGCUGAACUGGCGCUCCAACUCCCACAACAUCGCCCACAACCUCAGGAAGCUCAUGGAGGUGGAAGGAGGAGAAAUUGUGAAGUUUUUGCCAGACACCCUCGAUGCACUUUUCAACAUCAUGAUGGAAAUGUCAGAAAAUGAAACCUAUGAUUUCCUGGUGUUUGAUGCCCUGGUAUUUAUUAUUUCUCUGAUUGGAGACAUCAAGUUCCAGCAUUUCAACACUGUGCUUGAGACUUACAUUUACAAACAUUUCAGUGCAACCCUGGCCUAUGUGAAACUCACCAAAGUCCUGAACUGCUACGUGGGGAAUGCUGAGGACUCCAGCAAGACAGAGCUGCUCUUUGCAGCCCUGAAAGCGCUGAAAUACCUGUUCAGAUUCAUCGUGCAGUCACGGGUCUUGUACCUGAGUGUUUAUGGGAAAAGUGAGGAUGGGAAUGAAUUCAAUGAUGCAAUUCGCCAGCUGUUCCUCUCCUUCAACAUCCUCAUGGACCGGCCCCUGGAGGAGGCUGUCAAGAUCAAGGGGGCAGCUUUGAAGUAUUUGCCGAGCAUCAUCAAUGAUGUCAAACUGGUAUUUGACCCCGUUGAGCUCAGUGUCCUCUUCAGCAAGUUCAUCCAGAGCAUCCCUGACAACCAGCUGGUCCGGCAGAAGCUGAACUGCCUGACCAAGAUCGUGGAGAGUGACCUGUUCAAGCAGGCUGAGUGCAGAGAUGCCCUCCUGCCCCUGCUCAUCGAUCAACUCAGCGGGCAGCUGGAUGACAACUCCAGCAAGCCUGACCACGAGGCCAGCUCCCAGCUCCUGAGCAGUGUCCUGGAGGUCCUGGACCGUAAAGAUGUGGGUGCCACUGCUCUGCACACCCAGCUGAUGAUGGAGCGGCUGCUGCGCCGGGUCAACCGCACGGUGAUCGGGAUGAGCCGCCAGUCCCCGCACAUCGGGAUUUUCGUGGCCUGCAUGACAGCCAUCCUGAGGCAGAUGGAUGAUUUCCAUUACAGCCAUUACAUCAACACUUUCAAAACCAGGCAGGACAUCAUCGACUUCCUGAUGGAAACGUUCAUUAUGUUCAAGGACCUGAUUGGGAAGAACGUGUACGCAGCUGACUGGAUGGUCAUGAACAUGAUGCAGAGCAGGGUUUUCCUGCGGGCAGUGAACCAAUUCACCACUGUCCUCAACCGCUUCUUCUUGGAUCAAGCUCAUUUUGAGCUCCAGCUCUGGAAUAACUAUUUCCACCUGGCAGUGGCCUUCCUCACUCACGAGUCCCUCCAGCUGGAGACCUUCUCUCAGGCCAAACGCAACAAAAUCAUCAAGAAGUAUGGGGACAUGAGGAAAGAAAUAGGCUUCAAAAUCAGGGAUAUGUGGUAUAACCUGGGUCCCCACAAAAUAAAAUUCAUCCCAGCAAUGGUGGGGCCAAUCCUGGAGGUGACCCUGGUCCCAGAGCCUGAGCUGAGGAAAGCAACUAUUCCCAUUUUUUUUGACAUGAUGCAGUGUGAGUUCAACUUCAGUGGGAAUGGGAACUUCCACAAGUUUGAAAACGAGCUGAUCACCAAGCUGGACCAGGAGGUGGAGGGGGGCCGAGGGGAUGAGCAGUACAAGGUUCUGCUGGAGAAACUGCUCCUGGAGCACUGCAGGAAGCACAAGUACCUGUCAGCCCCGGGAGAGGUGUUUGCCCUGCUGGUCAGCAGCCUCCUGGAGAACCUGCUGGACUACCGGACCAUCAUGCACGACGAGAGCAAGGAGAACCGCAUGAGCUGCACUGUCAAUGUGCUGAAUUUUUACAAGGAGAAGAAGCGAGAGGACAUUUACAUCAGGUAUCUGUACAAACUCAGGGACCUGCACACAGACUGUGAGAACUUCACCGAGGCUGCCUACACCCUGCUCCUGCACGCUGAGCUGCUCCAGUGGUCAGAGAAGCCCUGUGUCCCCCACCUGCUGCAGAGGGACACCUACUAUGUGUACUCCCAGCAGGAGCUCAAGGAGAAACUCUACCAGGAGAUCAUCUCCUUCUUCGACAGGGGCAAGAUGUGGGAAAAAGCCAUUCAGCUGAGCAAGGAGCUGGCUGACAUGUAUGAAAACAAGGUCUUUGACUACGAGGGACUUGGCAAUCUCCUGAAAAAAAGAGCUACUUUUUAUGAGAAUAUCAUGAAGGCCAUGAGACCUCAGCCCGAGUACUUUGCUGUGGGAUACUAUGGACAGGGUUUUCCCUCUUUCCUGCGGAAUAAGAUGUUCAUCUACCGUGGCAAGGAGUACGAGCGGAGGGAGGAUUUUAACCUGAAGCUGCUGACCCAGUUCCCCAGUGCUGAGAAGAUGACCAGCACAGCCCCUCCAGCAGAGGAGAUCAAGGCUUCCCCCAAACAGUAUGUGCAGUGCUUCAUUGUAAAGCCUGUGAUGAACCUGCCACCUCAUUACAAAGAUAAACCUGUUCCUGAACAGAUCUUAAACUACUACAGAGCCAACGAGGUGCAGCAAUUCACCCACUCCAGACCCAUCAGGAAAGGAGAGAAGGAUCCAGACAAUGAGUUUGCUAACAUGUGGAUAGAAAGGACAACCUACACGACAGCUUAUUCCUUUCCAGGCAUCCUCAAGUGGUUUGAGGUCAAACAGGUCACGACGGAGGAGAUCAGCCCCCUCGAGAACGCCAUUGAAACCAUGGAGCUCACCAACGAGAAGAUCACUAACAUUGUCCAGCAGCACACGUGGGACCGGAGCCUGCCCGUGCACCCCCUGUCCAUGCUGCUCAACGGCAUCGUGGACCCCGCCGUCAUGGGCGGCUACACCAACUAUGAAAAGGCGUUCUUCACAGAGAAAUAUCUCCAAGAACAUCCUGAAGAUCAAGACAAGAUUGAGCUGCUCAAGCAGCAGAUUGCUAUACAGAUGCCUCUCCUGGCAGAGGGGAUCCGGAUCCAUGGGGAAAAGCUGACGGAGCAGCUGAGGCCCCUGCACGAGAGGCUCACAGCCUGCUUCAGGGAGCUCAGGAGGAAGGUGGAGACGCAGUACGGGGUCAUAAGUCUGCCCCCAGCGCUGACCGAGAGGAAGCCGAGCAGGUCGGGCUCGCUGGUGCUGCCCUACAUCAUGUCCUCCACCCUCAGGAGGCUCUCGGUCACCUCCGUGGCCUCAUCUGUGGCCUCCACCUCGUCCACCUCAUCUGACAGCGCUUCCUCCAGGCCGGGCUCGGACGGAUCUACCCUGGAGCCUCUCUUGGAGAGGAGAAUAUCCACAUCUUCCAGAGCUGAGGAGCUGCCCAUGAAAGACGAUGGUGACAACAGGAUUAGCAAACUCAAGAGGAAGGAGUGGAGCAUUAGCAAGUCUCAGGUUAUUGUGGAGAAGGAGCCAGAAACAGAACUGACUUCCAAAAUUGGCCCGGUGGGGAAGGUGCAGAGACCCAAGAGCCUGCAGCUGGGGGAUACCAGGCUGAGCCUGCUGCAGGGCUCCUCACUGCAGCCAGCCAUCUGCAGCCCUCCUCCCAUCACCCCCAAAACCCCCCGGACCCACAGCUUCCCCUCCUUGCAGGCUGAUGGGUUGGCCACACCACCCCCCCCUCCACCCAAAAGCAAACCCUACGAGAGCAGCACCCCCAGGAACUCAGUGGAGGUUGCUCCGCCGCUGCCCAGCAGACGUGAGGCCAAACCUCCCCCUCCACCCCCAAAAACCAGGAAAUCCAGCGUGGUGUCCUCGGAGCAGGGGCUGCAGUGAGGAUUUGGGGUCACAGCAACGCCCAGCAUGCAGUGGUUGCUUCAUUUCCAGCCAGCCUGCUGAUCUCCCCUGCCAUUCCACCUGGAGUUCUCCUGGGAAAUGCCACCAAGGAUGUGUUGUUGGGACUGGAUUCCCUCCCCUCUGUUUGCCUGUGCAGUGCUGACACACUAAUCCAGAUGUCUUCCUGCUGGAAUUCUCUCUCCUGGCCUUGUCUGUCCUGAGUUUCUGCAAUCCCAGCAGCUCCUUCCCAGUGUAACUGGGAAUCCUGGGGGAGAUCUCACUGCUGGUUUCCUGGGAGUUUCCUGACUAGGUCAGGGUCUCUGCUCAGCUUGUGCUUGGUUUGAUCUCAUUUUGUGCUUUUUAACGUGGAGAAAAUAGCUCCUGGGAAUGUGUGAGGUGACAGCACUUUUGCCAGGGCUGGACGGGUGGCACCUGCACUGAUACCAGGACUGGUGUGAGACCCAUAAACAGCUUGUGGCCUGUUUAUUAUUUAUCAUCAAUCUUGAUGAAGAUUUUGUUUUGUCUUGGAGGAAAUAAUUGUUUGUUAAUUCUGUCAUUUUGUUUCUGAUUAUCUUGUAGGAGUUGGGAAGAGCCACUAAAACGCUGCUGAGGGUGUUGCUCACAACAGGAAUGGCAAUUACUGUUGGGCAGGGGGUUCCCAGGCCAUUAUUGUGCUCCCCUGACUGGAAUGGGUUUCUGACCUUACUGAAAAACCAAAGUUUGUUAAACAAAAUGAAAAGUUCCCUCAGCAAAGGAAAACCAAACCCAACAAAACCCAACCCAACAAAAACCACCCCCGGGAGGGUUUUGUUCAGACUGAAGUUGUCAUUUCCUUUUGUUCUUCCCAAUUCUUUUGACAUCAUUGUGACUGCAGGAGCUUCUGUGCUGCUGCCCAGCUCUGUAAGCAGAUUGUCCUCAUCCCAGAGUCGUCCCAGAUUCCCAAACCUCCAGCUUGGAGCUCCUCUGGAGGUGGCACUGCAGUCACAUCCCAUCCAUCCCCAGCCUCACUGCUGCCUGCACUUCCAGCUAUCUCCGGCCUGCUGCUUCUCAGGGGAAAUCUUGGGAAUCUUCCUGGACACCCUGGCCAGGUUUUCCCCCUCUCUGGGGCUCUGCAGGACAUGUCAGCUCCUUGUUGUGUUCUUGGGCACAGACACUGCUUGACUUGAAAGCCACUGGGUUUUUCUUGUCUUGGCGUUUUCCACCCACCCUCCCUGGUGCUGUCACCACGGCCUCCCGAGCAUCCUCUGACAUCCAACGACAGCUUCUUGUCUGGGCUGAGAACUUUGGGCAGAACAACAGGAUGUGGUCUGAGCUGUCUGAAGCACAUCUCAACAGCACCGAUUGUUAACUCAGAAUAUUUUUAAUUCAGUGCUUUUCCCUUUUUUUCAAAUUUUCCUUUGAAUCUGCUGCCGGUGCUCGGUGCUUUCAGGGGAGGUUGGGUUUAACUCCCUGCAUGAAUCAGCAGGAGCACAGGAGGGGUCCCAGGAAUGGUUUCCCUGGUGUGGGCAAACAGACUGAGCUGUCAGGUUUGGGUGUUUCGGUUUUAAGUCACUUUGGAGUCCUCUUUCCCAGCCUUUUUCUUCGGUUUUAACAACCUUAACACGUGGAGGUACCUUGUGCAUCCAGGUUUUUUCCUGGAGAAGGGAACCACUCCAUGCACAAAACACUGACAGGAGGAGCUCUGACCCUGGGAAGAAUUUUUCAGCUGAUCUUUAACCAGCUUUUUACUCUUUUACUCGGCAGAUUUGGCUCUGGCUGCGUUUUUUGCAGAUUCCAAACAGAAUUCUUGGCACCUCUGUGGUUGAUUCUCCUUCCAUGGGUGAGAACAGUUGUCACCUUCAGCUCUGCUCUGGAAAUCGCUCCUCUCACCUUAAAGCUGUCCUGGGUUUGCUGCUCACAAGUUCAGGUUUCUCCUCUGACCUGGAAUCAGAGGCAGCAGCUGACACUGAAGAGUUCAGAAUAAGUUUUCCCUUCCCAGGACAUUUUGGGCAUUUUCACUGGCAAAUUUGCCGGAUAGGCCUCUAAAUUUGGUUAGUUUUUUUUUUUCCCUGUUCACCUUUAUUUAUAUUUAUAUUCUGGAGUUUGUAAACUUGUCCACUCCUCCUCCCUUUGGCAGUAUCCCCAAACUGGUGUCCAGUUCUUGUACCUGCAUGAUAAAAGCUGGCAUCACUGGCUCAGAGGUGCAAGGUGGAAUUUCUGUUCUGUGCCCAAAGGAUUCAGGGUUUUGGGUCAAUUUUAAGGGAAAAAAAUCAUCCAGGAUGAUCAUGUCAGAUUUUUAAAGGCAAUAAUUGGGCAUUUAACUGUGUGAGGAAGAGCUGGGUAUUCAACUGAUUUUAUGUAAGUGGAAUUAAGUGCCCACUCUUAGGAGAAAUCCCACCAGAACCCUGAUUUUUUAAAGUGUUUGCUCUUUGCUUGGGAACCUGCCUGACUUGAGUUGUGAGAUUUAAUUUUCAGGAGACAAUUUAAGGUGUCUCUUCCUUGUUUUUUUUUAAAUGAGGAUCAUCUCUUCAGGUUAAUUAGGUGCUCUAGGAAAUGCCUCGAAUGUGCUUUAAACUGGAGGGUUAAAAAUGGGAAUAGGAGUCCAUAAUGAUAAUCUCUGCACACCACAAAUUACAGCAAUUUCUACCCAAUUCACGAUUUUGAAUAAACUCUCAAAGUUAAACAUCCAGUCUGCAGAGGAGACAAAACCUAAUCAUAUUUCAGAGACAAGCUGUUCAAAGCUGCUGUGAAAUUUUAAGUCUUUGAGGAUUUCAGUUUUUCUCCUUUGGAGAAAUGUGCUCAACACUUGUUUUCUGGAGCUUUUAAUUAAAAUUUGUCAUGCUGUGAUAAAUUCCUUUAAAAAUGUGACAGGCUCUAAUCCACAUCAGGGGAAGAGGGGAGCAGCAGCUUUGCCUUUCAGUGGAUUAUUGGAUUAGGAAAGGACACAGAUUCCAGGGAGAGCAGCUCUGUGAUCUGCAGUGGCACACAACUCCAGCAUGGAUGUGCAGAGGUUUUUUGGGAACUGCAUCCCAGAAAAUCCCCCCUCCCAGCCCAGUGUUGGCUCCAGGUUCACACUGAGUUGGACUUGCAGUGACAACUCCCCAGAUUUCCCUCUCCUUAUUUAUUUUUAUCAUUUUAAAUGGAAAUAAUAACUUUAAAUCUGUAAUUAUUUUUUUAAUAUAACGAAAACAUUCCUGACCUGCUUCUGUAACCUUCUUUUGAUUAUUUUUAUUUUUAAUUAAAAAACUUGACCUUAUUUUUACUGUUGCAGACCAAAUCCUCUGGUGGACCAGGGUGAGCUUUUCCAAAGACUACAGCAGGGAGGAAAAAUAACCAAAUAAUGUGAUUUUAUGGCUGUUCAAAAGCACGAGGUUCACCAGAUUCUUCUCUCUGAGCAUUAAUUCAAGCACCUUUAGCACAAUUUGGGCACUCCAGCAGUUACUCAAAGGAGGUUCACACCUUAACCUGUUUUUCAGGUCCACGUGGUGCUGGUUUGUAUUUUUAGGCAGAGGUGGAAGCGCCUCAAUUAAUCAAAUGUAUAUUUGAUCAAUUUUUCUCACUGUGGUAUUACACAGAUUUAAUCACUCGAAACCCUGAGCCGUGUUUGUGGUGAAUUCAGGAGGAUUUAAGUGUUGUGGGAGGCGUUUUUGUGUGUUUUGGGAUAUCCUAGGUUGGUGGUUUCAUUGCAAACUCACUUUUGCAGACUGCAAAUAUGGUGUUUGGGUUUUUUUUCCAGUCCUUUGCAACUUAAUCGGUAAAAAAUACAGUUUUAAGGUGGCUCUGGGGAGAGCAGGAGCUUUGGGAAGGGACUGCAGCUCUCUGGGUAAAUGCCACAUGAUUCACUAAAUCUGUAAAGCAAGGUGUACAAAUUUUCAUGGGGUUUUUAAAUGUAAUGACUGUUGUAAAGUUUGUAAAUACAUUUUUUAAAUAAAUGUAGUUUUCAUGACUGA